AUGUGGGCCUGUUUCUAUAAAACCUGUCCGUGUUUACCGCGUCGAGUAGAUACACAGCCUCCCUUUAACGGUUACUCGUAUGAUGAAGCGGACGAUGACGUGGGACUUGAAAGCUUGCUGUCACAAAACGAUCCCAAUUACAUAUCAGCAGUUUUGACACGUACACCAUUUCAAAGAGCGACAACAAACACGCAAGGUUAUUUGCGGGUGAGCACCAUGAGUCCAGACGAGAAUAUUAGUGGUGCUGCUUCCGAUCGUGGUAGCGUUUUGCUGGACGACGAAGCUACCAUACAAACACAAGACGCACAAUAUCUUCCUGAUGAACAAAUUAGUAAAUUGACCGAACUUAAUACUGGUAUUCAAGCAGGAAUUGCGAAAGGGCUGAUUCCAGUAAACGGAGCAAAUGGACAUAAUAAGAACACAUUCUUCACUAUUACCGAUGAAGACGAAGAAGUUGAAACAGAUGAAUUUGGAAAUCCGUCUGGAACAAUAUAUGAUGCAAAAAAAUAUAAUACCACAACAACCCUCGAAUUAUCGUCAACCAAUAUCUCUGGUACUAUGACAAGUCAGGAUGGUACUACUGUAAUUACAACCAAUAAUUUCACAACACCGACAUCUCGAAAAUCUGAAGAACAAUCUAUUUUAAAUAAACCGCGUAAUCCACCGCAACGUUUAUUUUCCUCGGAAAUAGAAGAUUAUGAACAUGUAGAUGAAAAUAUUGAUUCGCCGCCCACCAAUUCCAAAGAUCAACCGCCGAUUUUGCCGGAAACUCCUCUGGUUCCUCCGUUGUCCGUUACCAUUCAAAACGAAGCAUAA